GUGUCGUAGGAUAAAAUAAGGGGUUCAAACCUUCAAACUUGGUAAGAUGAAGGGCUCAACCAGGUUUUUGCCAGAUGAUGAUCUACCUACGCUGCGUUUUUUUUAACUCCGCUAAUUCACCGUUAGGCGUUUUGCUUGCAGAGAGUCAGUCGAGCGUCGAGAAAAGGAAAUGGCACUGAGAGCAGCCGUCCUCCGCCACAUUCGAGUACCCGUCGGAACCCUAACUGCCACCGGACCAAAGCCACUGCAAUGGAGUCUCUGCAGCUCCCUCCGGUUCUUUUCAUCGCACGACGAUCAUCUAACGAAAGAAGAGGUGAUCGAGAGAGUCCUCUCCAUCGUGAAGAGCUUCCCCAAAGUCGAUCCUGCCCAGGUGACACCUGAUGUGCAUUUUCAGAAGGAUUUGGGCUUGGAUAGCUUGGACAACGUGGAGAUUGUGAUGGCUUUAGAAGAGGAGUUCAAGCUAGAGAUUCCGGACAAGGAAGCUGACAAGAUUGACUCAUGCCAUCUAGCUAUCGAGUACAUAUAUAACCAUCCGUUGGCUGGUUAAUUUAAACAAGAUUUUCUCUUGUUGAAUAUCAUGUGGGAGAAAACAGUGUGCUACCCUGUUUUUGUUCAUGUCUGUACGGAUUUGAUUAUCCUAAUGGGAUUUGAAAAUUUCCUGAUUAUGUUGGGUCAGGUAAACCUGCACAUUUCAUGACUUUGUCAUGCUCCUGGUCCUAGACCAAGCACAUUCAGAUUUUUAAUCUGCAAUAAAAUCAGUUGUAUCAAUGGCA